AUGCCUAAUUUCAGCACACUGACUCUUUGCAUCACUGCAACCAGCUUUUCCAUAUCCCAGCUCCUGUUUCAUGUAGGCAGCUCUUGGUUCUCAACACGUCUGACUUGUGGCUUCAGCAAACUCAGUUCAAAGCAGAGGAUUGAAUGGAAUUCCAGGACAGUAUCGACGUUCCAUGCACUGGUAGUUGGAUGUUUCUGCUUGUAUAUUUUACUGUACGAUGAUGCUGUCAAUGCUGACCCAGUUUGGGGAGAUCCAUACUUGGUCAAGCUGAAUGUUGCAAUAACCUCAGGCUACCUCAUCUCAGACUUGUUGCUUAUUUUAUACUACUGGAAGGCGAUCGGUGAUAAAUAUUUUGUGACGCAUCAUGUGGCAGCUCUGUAUGCUUACUACUAUGUACUGGGUGAAGGAAUGUUGCCAUAUUUUGGUAAUUUUCCGACUCCUAGCUGAAUUCUCCACACCUUUUGUCAAUCAACGGUGGUUCUUCGAAGUGCUGGGAUACCACAAACAUUCCGUGCCCAACAUGGUGAAUGGAGUUUUGAUGACAAUCGUCUUCUUCAUUGUCAGGAUAGCUGUCAUACCAACCUACUAUGGGCGUGUCUUUUCCACUUUUGGCACAGAAGCAUUUCAUAGACUGGGUCUAGGGGCACAAUGUGCUUGGAUCAUCUCCAGUGUGUCUCUGGAUAUAAUGAACGUCAUGUGGAUGAUGAAGAUCACUAAGGGGUGCUACAAAGUCCUCUAUCAUACUGAUGGCUUAUUGACCAAAACUCAGAAAAAUGGGAAGACUGAUUAG